AUGCUGAACUUCUCCUUCCCCUUCUCCAACCCCUUUUCCUCAUGGGGCGAUCGGACAUCUUUCGAUAUCCCGCCGGUGAAAGUCCACGAGAUUGACACGGCCCCGGAAAAGCCCGCCAGGGCAUUGAAGCAUCUGAUCAAGCUGAACCAUGUUAAUAAUUCCGUCUUGUAUAAUGAGCGCAGGUUUCAUAAUCAUGCGCCUCAUCUGUUGAGUUCGUCCUUCUUGCAAGGCGCCGAUGCGGAUGAUUUGCAUCGUAUAUAUGAGACUGAAGCGAAGCUGCUUGAGCCAUGGGCUGAUUCGCCGGGUGAGAUUAGUGCAGAUGAUUGGAGGGAUUAUCUGGGACAUAGAGAAUAUCAACGUGCGUUUGUGGACUUUUUCGAAGAUGAACUCGUGCGCUUGGGAUAUGAUUGGAAACAGGUUGUUACUGAUUACCUUUUCGUGGGUAAACGGCCGUUGUUUAAUUCGAUUAUUGCGGAUCUGGGACAUCCGUUGAUCCAUCUAGCUUAUGCUUUUGAGAUGAAUAACCGUGAAGUCGCCAUGGAAGCACUCGGUUUAGCAGCAACCUGCUACAGCGACAUCCACAAAUACCUAGACGACCCAUCCUACGCCCAGGCAGAGUCAUCCUACAAAACCACCUCUCUCUACGAAAUCCUCAACCGAGUCCGCGCCGACACCCAAUUCAACCACCUCCUCCCCACCAAAGGAGGUGACAACAUCUCCAUCAUCUUCCGCGAACGCGAAACCCAACUCCUCAACCACUGGAACGCAUGGAAGAUCACAGACCCCGUCAAACAGUUCCGCGAGAGUCAGGAAGUCGCCACCGCCCUCCUCCUCUCAACACGCUCCAACAAAGACAAAGACGAGCACCAGUACGAUUUCUUCCUCGUCCACAUCCUCACCACCAGCCACGCCGUCCGCGUCUUACUCCCGCUCAUCCCCGGUCGCUUCCAGACCAUCCUCGUCCGCCAGUGGUGGCUGAUGACGCUGGCUAUCUACAUCGCCCAGCUCCGUCCUGAGCUCCACACAAACAGGUUCACCAAGUUCGACCUGAACGGAAGAGACUGGCACUGGACUGCCCAUAUUGCUGUCAAGGGGCCGUGUUCGACUGACGCGCACUAUGUCAAGGCUCUUCGAGCAUUACGGGAGACUGCGGCUACUUGGGGAGAUCCGGAGAAUUAUUAUCUCAAGGCUGCGGUGAAGUUCGCUGAGGAAUUUAAUGGCUGGGGUGGGUUUAAUUAG